UAUCAGCGGGGCGGAAGUUCAGCAUUAUCCACGGGGAAAAAAGGGAGAAAGGUCUUCCUUCGCUUAGGACUUUAACAUCUCAAUUCAGAGAAAGACAGACGGUUCUUUAAAGCGUUAGCACGGCAUGUGAUGUCAGCUGACAGCAGCAGAUGUAGCUGACAUCCUUCUGUCACAGCGGCCAGUGGCGGAGGUUUCGGCACUGAGCGGUGGUGCCCUGAUGCGCCGCGGGCCCUACAUCAGCAUGAUCACCAAUCGGACCAUGAACGUGCUGAUCCGUGCUGCCAUGCUCUUUAUGGUGGGCGUGUUUCUAGCGCUCGUGCUGAACCUGCUACAGGUGCAGCGUAACGUCACUCUCUUCCCUCCCGACGUCAUCAGCAGCAUUUUCUCAUCUGCCUGGUGGGUUCCUCCCUGCUGUGGAACAGCCGCAGCGUUGAUAGGUUUGCUGUACCCCUGUAUGGAUCGUCGUCUGGGGGAGCCGCAUAAGCUCAAGAGAGAGUGGUCUAAUGUGAUGCGCUGUGUGGCCGUCUUUGUGGGUAUAAAUCAUGCCAGUGCUAAGGUGGACUUUGCCAAUAAUGUGCAACUGUCAUUGACGUUGGCUGCCCUGUCUGUCGGCCUGUGGUGGACGUUCGAUCGUUCACGCAGUGGUUUUGGGCUGGGAGUCGUCAUUGCAAUACUUGCCACACUGGCCACCCAGCUACUGGUUUACAACGGAGUCUUUCAAUAUACCUCCCCUGACUUCCUGUACAUUCGGUCCUGGCUGCCAUGUAUCUUCUUCGCAGGGGUGAUAACUGUGGGGAAUAUUGGACGACAGCUAGCUCUGUACGAGUACAAAGUCAGUCAGGAAAAGACCCACCAGGAUUAAUGAAGAAUCCUCUGCACACACGGGAAAAUCCAGGAUAAAGGAGUGAGGAGUCAAGCAGGAGCACCAUGACUGACAGAGCCAUCCACCAUUGAGGAGGAGCUGCUCUCUGUGUUUGAGGAUGGACAGUGUUGUGAUCUGUUUUCUGCCUCCUCAGGCGCUCAGGUUCUCUAAGUGUGUAACAGUAAGAUAUCAUGUCGUCUACACACUCUCAUACUGUCUUCGGCAGCACUGAAAUACUACCAGCUGCUAUAAAGUGCCAAACUGACUCUGACUGAUCGAACCGCAUGACUGGAGGCAAAGCCUGGUGUGUACAAGAUGGACAAAAUAUUGACUGAAUAUUUAGAUGCAUUACAUGCACAGACACAAAACUGAAUCGCAAGGAAUUUUCUAUAUGAUCUUCCUACAGAAAAAUCACUUCUCAUUAGAAGUAAGGAGAGUAAUAUAGAGUAUUAUGACAGGGCAUCAAAUCUGUUGCAUGUCACUUUGUUAAAGGGCUGCUCACUUCUGCGGUAUCUCAGAUCCACCACUAGUGGGCAUUAGAGCAUAACUGACCUGUCACCCUGUAUUUGUAGAUGCAGUGCUAAACACACAAAAGGCAUCAUAUUUUAUAACAGACUAAGCAGUGUGCUGUGUUCAUUAGGUGGGAGGGGAAGGUGGGGGGAGGUUCAACAAGGUGUUGAUUACUGCUUUGAUUACAACUUGAAUAUUUUAUUGUGAUGCAUUCCUCGUUAUAACCAGAUCAUUCCCUGCUAGACCCGAAGAACUCAGUUUUGACUGAAAGAAGCAUCCCUUAGCUCCAGAAAUCACUUCAGGGUCUGAUAUAAAUAGUUGGCUUCAGAAUAAAAUUAAAGUGAUUCUUAAUGACAUUCCAUUGAUUAUUACCAAAGCCUUAAAAUAACAGAUAUAUUGGAGCUCAAAGUAAAGAGGAUAGAACAGGCAAACCACCAUCUGUGCACUGAUUUUGGAUAAAUUAAAGGAGGUUUUUUUUAUUUUUUAUUGGGGGGAUAUUUUAUGAAAUGCUGAGUAGAAUGCAAAGUAAGUGGGAUCAAUAUGGUUUAAGUGUUACAAUGAGAUUUGACAACUUAAUUGCAGACUUGCAAGAGUAAUUGUACAGUUUAUAUGUGACAUCUGAAAGCGAGCAUUUUGGGAUGUUUUGUCAUUCAUGGGCGAUUACUUGAUCCACGGUUUGUAUUUAACCACAUUUACUGUUUUUUGAAGUUAAAGUUACGUGUUUGUUAUU